GGCGAGACUUGAGAAGAAAAAAAAGAGAGGGAGAGAGAGAGAUCACCUUCAACAUCCUCACUCCCCACCCAACCCCUUUCGUCCCUCUUCAGCCUCGUUUCGUGCGCCGACAUGUCCUCCUCCGAACCCGUCAAAGGCAUGCGGAAAAAUGGGAAAAACUGGCAUGACAACAAAAAGCCGUUCCGCCCUACUAGUGGCAUGACCUCGUACGCGAAGAGACUGGAGGCACGCAAACACCAAGAGGCUGUCAAGGAACAUGAAAAGGAACUGAGGGAAGAAAAAGAGGCCGAAAGAAAGGCACACAUUCAACACAUCAGAGAUCGCCGGGCUGCGAAGGAGGAGAAGGAGCGCUACGAAAAGAUGGCCCAGAAGAUGCACCACAAGCGAGUCGAGCGACUGAAGAGGAGGGAAAAGCGCAACAAGCUGCUCAAUUCUUAGACCUUUGCGCUUUGCUUUCCCGCGGUUUUCUUUUCGUUUCUUUUCUUUUUCGGAACCAAAAUAGACAGAUAGUCGUCAUGAUUGUUCGGAUAGCUCUACUCUGACGAGAGAAUAACAUACCCCCUUUCAGCGUCCACCGUCCCAUGGCUUUGUAGCCAC